AUGAUCGGCCGGUCAGCUCUGACGAGGGGAGCCAAGCUUGCCCUCCGGCGGCAGGAUUGUGCAAAGCUCUCCCAGAAGCGUGCAUAUGCUGCUGCUGCAGGCGCCUCCACCGAGACUGCGUCGUUCGACUCGACCGACAUCAACGGCAUCAAGGUUGCCUCGAGGGACCCCCGAAGCCCGACCACUCGCCUCUCUAUCGUUGCCAAGGCUGGCACCCGUUACCAGCCCUUGCCUGGCCUGUCUGUAGGACUGGAGGAGUUUGCGUUCAAGGCAACGCAGAACACCGACAAGCGAUCCGCGCUGAGAAUCACGAGGGAGUCUGAGCUUCUGGGAGGUCAAUUGAGUGCAUACCACACCCGUGAGGCUCUUGUUGUGGAGGCUGCCUUCCUGCGCGACGACCUGCCCUACUUCACGGAGCUCCUCGGUGAGGUCAUUACCAAGACCAGAUACACCACCCAUGAGUUCCACGAAGAGGUCGAGCACGUCCUGCACCUGAAGCAGCAGAAGCUGUCCCACAACGCCCUGGCACAGGCUCUCGAUACUGCCCACGCGGUUGCCUUCCACAAGGGACUGGGCUCCUCCAUCUACCCUUCCACCUCGACGUCCCUCGGCCCCUACCUGAGCGAAAAUAGUGUCGCCGCUUUUGCCGCCUCCGUCUACACGAAGCCUAACAUCGCGAUUGUCGCCGAUGGCGCUACCCAGGACUCCCUGUCCAAGUGGAUCGAGCCCUUCUUCAGAGACGUCCCCUCUUCGUCUGAGAGCCCGCUGCAGCUGUUCACCCAGUCUUCCAAGUACUAUGGUGGCGAGCAGCGCACCUCGCUGUCUGGCUCCAACGCCGUAGUCCUCGCCUUCCCUGGCACCAACCUGUCCGCAGACAAGGCCGACGUUGCCGUUCUGACGGCUCUUCUCGGCGGAGACUCGAGCAUCAAGUGGUCUCCUGGCUUCAGCCUUCUCGCCAAGGCUGCCGCCGCCGCCCCCGGCUCUACCAUUGCUGCCAAGAACCUGGCCUACACUGAUGCGGGUCUCCUCACGAUCCAGAUCACCGGCACCCCCCUGGCGGUGCGCAAGGGUGCUGCGGAGGCUGUCAAGGCUAUCAAGAGCGUUGCUGAGUCUGGUGUGACUAAAGAGCUCCUGACCAAAGCUAUUGCCAAGGCCAAGUUCGACCUGCUGUCCGCCAACGAGUUGACUGGUACCGGUAUGACCGCAGCGGGCAACAGCCUGAUCCACGGUGGCAAGAUCUUCCAGGUUGCGGACGCUCUGAAGAGCUAUGAGUCAGUGACGGCUGAUCAGAUCAAGGCGGCUGCAAAGUCGUUGUUGGAUGGCAAGGCGACGGUGGCAUCAACAGGUGAUCUCUACGUUCUUCCGUACGCAGAGGAGCUCGGCCUCAAGGUGUAA